AUUUUUUUUAAGCUUAUGUAGGCCGGCAGUGCCCAUGGUUCAGAAUGUUCUAUGCCACAGACAGAGCAACGCACGAUUUGAGGUUUGCAUCAUUGCCACAAAAAGUGGGACACUGCAAUGAUGAAAGCAAGUGACGAGGAUGAUCUGACCAGCCAGAAGGCCGGUAAGGGGGUGAUUCGAGGCGAAUCCUCCCCUAGACGGCAGGUGUUAUUUCUGAUCGUAGCUGUGGUGAUCGUUGGUAUCGUUGCGAUCUUCGCUGUGGUGCUGUCAGCAUUGUCCCUGGGCCGACCCAACACACCCGUUACCACUAUGGUACAGCUACCGAACGGGAGCUCGAACGGGCCUACAAUAACGUACAUAGGAGUCCCUAGCCCUUACGGUUUCGAGGACCCCAACAAAAUCUGGGUGUUCGCAAUCGGGCACGACGGUACCAACUUGGAAUAUAUAGACAAUCUGGCGGGGACCUUGAGGGGAUUCCAUGUUGACAUUGUCGAGGCUGUUUGCAACGUGGCCAACAAGAACUGCCGCCUGAUGUGGGACAUCUAUGAGAACUGCUAUCGGUCGAAGGCUGGGCAGCGACCACGCCCAGGGCCGGGGCUCGUCAGUCGCUGGUACGAUGGCUGCACUGGUUGGUUUCAAACCUACGAGCGGAUUUCCUCCGUGUCUUUUACCAAGCCUUUUCGCAAGCCUCUGGAGAGCCUUUUCUAUGUCAAGAGGGGCAAUCCAGGAAACUUCAGCAGCCUGAACUUGACUGGCAAGACCAUCGGGUUUGCGGAUGGAGACGCUUCCAAUGAAUUCUGCAUCCAACGAGAGAAGAUUCCGGGAGCAAAUCUUCCAGCAGCUAACAUUCGUCACUAUUCCACCAGAGAGGAAAUCAUCGCAGCGGUCAAUAAUUCUGAGGUGGAUGCGCUGUUCACCAACGAGCAAAUCUUCGAUCUGAAGUCUGAUCUGGACGUGGUGAUGGAUCGAGCCCCUAUCACCACCUGCAUGCUGGCCGGUGCUGGAAUGAUGCUCCGUAAAGAUAGUCUGGUAACCAACUGGUGGGACCCAGCAUUUGACCAGCUCAAGCAGACGUCGGCGUACCGCAAAAUCUGCUCCGAAGUUCUCAUGAGACACAAUCAAUCCGUGCACUCGGUGGACUGUGUUCUCUGAUUCGCCCGCCGUAAGAAGACAAGCAGACGGGGGAAAACACCGUAUUUUCCGCUAGCAAAAAA